AUGUAUUAAACUUAAUAAUUUAGAUGUUUUUGUAAUACAUAAUAAGGUUAUUCUGGUAAAUCAGAAAGAGAUUUUAUAUUUCAUAUUUAAAAUUGUAAAUAAUUCCAAAAUGAAAGUCCAUUUGCCAAAGAGUUUUUUUAAAUUGAAUUAAUGCAUUUAGAAACUAAAUUCUUAUAUGCAUUAAGAGCUGAAUUUAUAAAUUAUAUAUUGAAAAUAGAAAAUGAAUUAAUUAGAUAAAACUAGAACCUAACUUAUAAUAUAUCAUAAUUAUUUGAUAAAAGCAAAUAUAUAAAUAAAAUAGAUUCAACAGUAUUAUCAGAAUCAUAAGAAAAAUAAGACGAUGAAUAUUUCAAAGAGCUAAUUAAAUAAUUUGACAAUGAGGACUAAUAAAAAGACAAAACAUAAUGUAAUUCAUGUAAACAAAAUAUAGACGGGGAUAACAUUUUAUUUUUAAUAACUUGUUUACAUUCCUAUUGCAAAUAAUGUUUAUAAAAUUAAAUCUAAGAAGAAUUUAUAUAAAAAAAUGGACAAAUAAAAUGCAAAUAAUGUUCUUUAUCAUUAAUUGAAGAUGAUUAUAUAAAUAUAAUUUCCAAAGAUAAAUAUGAAGAAUUAGAAAAUAGACUUUUAGAAAAACAAUAUAAUAUAGUAACUUGUGUAAAAUGUUAAUAAAAAUAUGAUUUUUAAACAGGUGCACCUAAUGCUAGUGUUUUAGAUAAAUAAGGAAAUCAAUUAUCGGAUAAAUAUUUAAACCAUUAUAAUUAAAAUAGGUUUUUGUGUUAAAAUAAUGCUUGUAAAUAAGAGUAAUGUAAAGGUUGUAGUAGUAUUCCUUAUCAUUUAGGCUAUUUAUGUGAUGAAUUUAAAAAUUUUUAAAAAUCUAAGCGAUGUAGAUACUGUAAUGAAACAAUGAAUUAAAUAGAUAAAACUAAACCAAAAGCUUUACAAGAUAUAUGUACUGAAAAUGAAUGCUAAACAAAAUCAAAUAAUGCAUGCUUGAAAAUGCUUGAAGUAAAUAAAUAAUACUAAUUAAUUUAGUAAAAAAUAAAAUAGUGUGAACAUCCUUGUUGUGGAGUAAAAGAUGAAUUAGAAUGUAUACCUUGCUUGUUCGAUAAUUGUAAAUUAAAUAAUCCUAAUGUAAAAGGGUAGGAUUAUUGUAAUAUAUGCUUCGUUGAAGGAUUAAUAAAUGCUCCAAUAAUUAAAUCAAAUUGUGGUCAUUAUUUUCAUUAUUCUUGUAUAAAAAAAAAGCUAGAAAUUAAAUGGUUGACUCCAAGAAUUAAUUUUAAUUAUUCUGUUUGCCCUAUAUGUAAAAAAUGGCUUUAAUUUCCACCCGAACUUGACCUUUUCGAUUUACUUGAAGAAAGUUCGAAACUAUAUGAUAUAAUAAAAAUUAAAUCAUUACAAAGACUUAAAGCUGAAGAAAGAGAAAAUGAACCGAAAUUGGCUGACGAAAAAAGCCCUUUUUAUAAAAAUCAUUAAGAAUAUUCAAUGGCAAUAUAUUCAUAUUAUAUGUGUUUUAAAUGUAAAAACCCUUACUUUGGAGGUCUUAAAGAUUGUGAAAGAUAACUAAAUGAAAAUCAAAAAGAAUAUAACCCCAAAGACCUAGUAUGCCCAAACUGUUGUGAUAUUCCAGUAAAAAACUGCCUAAAACAUGGAUAAGAUUUCUUAGAGUUUAAAUGUAGGUAUUGUUGUUCUAUAGCAGUAUGGUUUUGUUUUGGUACAACCCAUUUUUGUGAUCCUUGUCAUAUCAAAGCUGGCAUAAUAUAAAAUUAAAUACCUAAAUGUAAAGGAAAAGAUUGUCCUUUUAAAGAAAAACAUAAUCCAAACGGUCAAGAAACACCUUUAGGGUGUUCUUUAUGUAGGAAUUAUAAAGAAAGUGCAAGCGAUUAUUGA